AUGCCGGACGACAAGAAGAUGUUAUGUUUACGAUUUGAUGAUAACAAUUUGGAAUUCAGUUAUUUACUAGGCCUUUCUAUAUUGCUACCAACUAUUGUUCUGGUUUAUUGUCUGCUCAAAUUUCUUCUUCAAUUGCUAAUUCACCAUCCUCAGAACAUGUCUCAUCCCAAAAAAAGAGAGACAGAAAUCGUUACGAACGAAAAAUCAGAUGCUGAAGAUCAGUUGGAUGAAGCAAAAGGCCAACAAGCUGUUCUGUACAGAUUUAGGCAGAGGCACAAAAAGAUACAAAGAGAAACAGCAAGCUGUUCUAAAUUGAUUGCAAAGGAAGAGGAAAGUUGUGUGUCAAAAACGCCUCCUCGUGUUCGUCAUGGUGAUCUGUUGCAUUUCAGCCACAGACAUCCUCUGCUAAGAUUUCAUCUUAAAGGAACAGAAGUUAUAAGAUGCAAUAUGUGUGCUAUUACAAUUUCCGGGGUAGCUUAUGGUUGUGAUUGUUGUCUUUACUUUCUCCAUGAGGUAUGCUCUAACAUUCCUAAAAGAAUUCGACAUGAUUUUCAUCCUAUGCACUCACUCACCCUUCUUCCCAUUCCUUCAAUCGAUCUUUGGCAUUCGAAAGUGGAAACUGAAUUCUGUUGUGUGGCAUGUGGUUAUGACAGCUCAUUGUUUUCAUUUUACUAUCAUUGUGAUUUGUGUAAAUUUGAUCUUCAUCUUGAAUGUGCUUCUGUGAUGACGAGAUUGAUCCGUAAGGUAAAAUACCCUCUCGAUCUCUUUACUUCCUUUCCGUUAAAAAGUGAAGGGGCAGCCGUGUUAUGUUCUGUUUGUAACCAAGUUAUGAAUAGACAAUCCGCUUGGCUUUUCUAUAAUCGCGAGUUUGAUUACAUCUGUCAUUUCGAGUGUGCUGCUGAAGAAGAACUUGGAGUUAAAGGAGAUCAAAGUUUCCUAUCUGAAGUACAGAAAUCGUUGCUCCUCCGAAAAAGCUUCCCUGACCAACAACAGAAACUCGAAAAGCUAGGGGAAGUUAUACACUUCAGCCACCGCCAUCCGUUGAAAGCAAUCAAACAAACGAAUGAGACGCCAAUCAGGAGUUGCUGCAUAUGUUCGAAUCAGGAUUUAUCCGGUUACAUUUGCCAGCUAUGCAAUUACUUCAUCGACAAGAGUUGUCUCCCUCUUCCCCGAAGGAUACAACAUCAUUUUCACCCAAAUCACCCCCUUAUACUUGCUAGGUAUAACGAUCAGCCAAAGUCCAAAUGCAGAGCUUGUGGUCAUGAAAACGGUGCAACAUACUGUUGCUUUACUUGUAAAUUCAGUCUCCAUCGUUCCUGCGCUGGUGCUCCCAUGACAUUUACCCUUGGCACAAACAAGAAAUUAUCAAAUGCAGUAUCUGUUCCAGCGAGUUAA